AAUCGACCGCAAUCCAUAUUCCAUAACGAGUAUCGACCGAGACUAAUAAAUCAUCAGAUUUUCCGCUUACAAAGAAUCACGACAUCGUCGUUAAUUGUUUUCCGUUCGAUCCAUGACAACAUAAUUAGUAAUUACGUUCAUAGUUUUGUUGACGUCGCGAUUCUUCGCCAAUAAACGACGACCCCCGACAAGGGUGGUUUAAACCGACGUCGGUAAUCUUCUGUGUUACCGGAUCUCGGUGACCGACCUCGAUCGAUAUUAUCGUAAUGGACUGCACGCGUCGCCAACAAACGUCCACGGACAACAGUGGAAGCUGAUCGGCAUCAGCAGGAGGAGCCAUCACUCUAAGACUGGCGCACAGAAGACCGCACCACAUCAACAAUGGCAGAAGGUGACAAACUGGAGCACCAGUGUUUGCAAAAAGAAUUCGAAUGGGUGCUAAAUGAAGAGGUACACUCGAUAUUGCACCAGUUAAAUAUUAUACUAAACGAAUGCGUCCGACGUUUUCCUUCGUGGGACAGUGAUGUUCAGGUCAAACAGGAAAAAUUUGUCUUGUCUACAUCACCAGACCAGUUAAAAAGCAUUGUAUCCAUAUCUGGUGACACCAUACUGCAGGCGGAUAUACAAUUUAAAGUACAGAGACAUCAGCAACAAAUAAUGUACAGAACAAACAUACGCCACGAUUGUCCAUGGAAAUUGCAUCAAGUUCAAGACGCAGGCAAUCAUCUAAGACAAGCUAUUUUACAAAUUGAAAAAAUUGAUAAGGAAACUAUUUUCAAUUCCUCAGAAGAAGUAUUGCACAUUCUGCGAAAUUUGUUGGGAUGUUUACAAAGAGGUCGUACAAGUCUAAUAGUUCCACGUAAACGGACAAUUGAUGAUUUGAUUAAAAGUAGAAACAUGUGUUUGACACCCAACUUACCAGAAGAUUUGGCAAUUAGUUUUUACAUACAGAGUCAUAAGCUAAUAUUUGCUGUUUACCAACUGUCCAAUUCUCACGGUUCAAUGAAGUACGACACAUAUCAAGCUGAAUGUACUAUACCGUGGUUGAACGAAGUCCUCGUCCUUUUCACGGUUGCCUUACAGUUAGCCCAACAACUCAAAGACAAGAUCUGCGUGUUUACACAGUACAGAGAUAUUACUCAAUUGUCACGACCAGUUUCUAGCAUUGCGAUACAGUCAUAAUAAGUAUUUGCUGGAUUUUUUUCUUUGUAUUGGGUUCUAUUAUUUAACACAAUCAGGUGAUCAAAUAUGAAGAAUGCAUAUAAAAUACAAUUGUAUAUUUUAGUUUGUUACCGAUUUUCUUCAACAAUCUAUUUCCAGCAAUAAUUUAUAGCUUUAAGUUUUUCAAAAUAUGUUUGUUUAACAUUAUAUUAUAUUUACAUGUAAUUAACGCGGAACAUUAAUGAGAAAUUUCAUUCUGAAUGUAAUUUCUUGAGCCCAUUAUACGACAACAGUAUUGUUUUUAUUAUUAAAAAUUAUAAUAGUUAUAGUUUUCAAUACCAUUUAUAACAGAUAUCAGUUUUUUUGUUUUAUUUAAUUUAUUUAUUUAAAUUAUUAUUUUUUAACACUCAUACCUUUUGUGCAGUGACGGUGAUAUGAAAACUAUACAAGUAUUCUUUUUAUUUGUAAGUUAUUUUGUGUAUGGU